AUGAAGGAUGUGCGGCGAGAAGAAGGGUAUUUAUGUACAGGUUUAAUGAUUCAAUAUUUCAGAGAGCAGCAACCGCGAUGGCUUCAAACGUAUCUUGCUGGUAAGGAAAGCGAUGAGAAGGGUCUAAGUGCGUUAAUGAGACUAUGUCAGCGGUUUGCAGCACGUCAUGGAUUUACAUUUUGGGAUGAAAAAAAAUAUGGAUCAUUUCCGCUAGACGCAAUUUACAACGUCGAUGAAACAGCAGUGUAUUUCGAUAUGCCAUCUUUAAAAAUUUGGGCAUUGAAAGGUCGGAAAGGAUCAGCUAAGGUUAAGCGGACCCAAAAACACCCCGGCCGAUUGACUGCUGUUAUAACAGCUCGUGCUGACGGUUCGUAUUUUUUAUUCCCUUUAUAUUUUUACUAA